AGUAUCCUUGGGUACACCCUCAAACUCACAGUUUGGGUGGUCAGUCGCAGCAACAGCAGGUGUAAGUUUUCACACCAGAGUCACCUGCACACGAGCAACCAUAAGGCUCAUUAUAUUAAUUUAAGUUAGUCACAUCUUGUAAGUCCAAAUGAAUGUGAGGGGCAUUGGGCUGUGGAUGCUGUGUUACCUAGUGCUGACGGCUGCUAUGUACUUUGAUCUGGGUGAGCAGGAGGAGAAAUGCCUCAUCGAGGAGAUUCCAGGCGACAUGCUGGUCACAGGUUAUUUUCUUUUGGAGAAUUGGGAUGCAAAAAAUAACCUUAACUCCCCUCAUCUUGGCCUCACUAUCACUGUGCGAGAUCCAAACCAUGACAUACUGAUGAAAAAAAGAUAUGGCAGAUUUGGAAAAUUCACAUUCACAUCCCACGCUUCUGGCCCACAUUGGUUGUGCAUGCAGUCCAACUCAACAAGGUUUUCAGUUUUUGCCAGUGAAAGGCUGAGGAUUCAUUUUGAUGUUCAGAUGGGAGAGCACUCCAUUGACCCCAGUGUUGAGAGACACAAAGACACAGUCCAGACCAUGGAGUACAGCCUGGAGCACCUGAGGGACCAGAUCCUAUACAUCACCAGGCAGCAAGACUUCCAGAGGGAAAGAGAGGAAACUUUCCGUCAGAUCAGUGAAGAAACCAAUGGGAAAGUUUUGUGGUGGGCUGUUGUGCAGACUUCCAUUCUACUAUCAGUUGGAUUUUGGCAAAUCAAAAGACUGAAAGACUUCUUGAUUGCAAAGAAGUUGGUUUGAUAUGCUUGGCUUUAGGGCUGGAUUUAUAUCUUGCAGUACAAUGCAAAGUGGCUACUAGAGUCAACGGCUAUUCCAAAACUAGACUUACAUCAGUGCUGAUCAAUCUAUGUUACUGUACAUUCUUCUUGAGACAAUGUAUGGAUUAAUAAAAAUGUGCUUUGUUUAAUCUUA